CGUUAUGUUGACGUGUGUCUAAGCUGUUCCGUUAGCUCACAAACAGCUAGCAGACACUGAACACUGAAAGUAGCUGUUUAACAGGCUGGUUUUGCGAACUCAAAAACUCACAGUAAUGGCGGAUGACUGGGAAGAGAUUCGCCGGCUUGCCGCAGACUUCCAGAGAGCGCAGUUUGCUGACACAGUGCAAAGGCUGUCGGAAAGAAAUUGCAUUGAAAUAAUUGCAAAACUAGUCCAAGAUAAGAAGCUGGAUGUGGUGCACACACUGGAUGGUAAAGAGUAUGUCACCCCAGCUCAGAUCAGCAGGGAGAUCCGAGAUGAACUCUACGUGCACGGAGGGAGAAUCAACAUUGUGGACCUCCAGCAGAUUAUCAAUGUGGACUGGGUCCAUGUUGAAAACAGAGCAAAUGAAAUUGCAAAGUCUGAUAAAGGGGUUCAGCUUGUACUGGGACAGCUGAUUGAUGACACAUACCUGGACCAUUUGGCCGAGGAGGUGAAUGACAAACUGCAGGAGGCUGGUAUGAUCAGUAUUGCAGAGCUGUGUAAAAGCUAUGACCUCCCAGGAGAUUUCUUAACUGAGGAGUUGUCAAAGCGUCUUGGAAAGAUUAUCCAAGGAGAAAUGGACCAGUACAACAGAGGUGUCAUAUUUACCCCGGCUUUUGUUGCUCGCCACAAAGCUAGAAUACAAGGGCUCUUCAGUGCAGUCACAAGGCCAACACCUGUCAGCAGUAUGAUUGGAGCAUUUGGAUUUCAGGAACACCUUCUGUACUCUGUCUUGGAGGAGUUGGUGAAUAUCGGGCGUCUGAAAGGAAGCGUGGUUGGGGGGCGUCAGGACAAGGCUGUGUAUAUCCCUGAUAUCUACACCAAAACACAAAAUGCCUGGGUGGAUUCUUUUCUCCAGCAAAAUGGAUAUUUAGAGUUUGAUGCAUUGGUUAGACUGGGGAUCCCCGACCCAUCCAGCUACAUAAAGAAGCGCUUCAAGUCUAAUAAGCUGCUGUUCCUCAGAGCGGCCUGUGUGGGCCAAGCUCUGGUCGACCAGGUGGAGGCCUCUGUGGAGGAAGCUGUCAACUCCGCCACUUGGACUGACCUCCAGCCAGUUCUGCCCAGCUGCCUGUCGACUGAGGACAUUGGGAUACUGAUUAACCAAGCUAUGAGAAACACUAACAUCCAAUCGUCUGCCAGAAUCUUGGGGGGCACCGUGGUUGUCAGUGAGAAGUUCAUCAGCAACUGCCUGUCUUUAUUUGAUGAGGCCAUGCAGCAGAAAGCUCAGAAGGAAGUUAAGAGCAAUCCGGUGUUUUUGAUAACUGAAGAGGAUCUGAAGCAAGCAUCUAUCCUGACUGAGAGCACCGCAUCUUCUAAGAAGGAGAAGAGAGAAGCAGAGCGCAGGAAGAAGGCAGCAGAGGGCAGUGGCAGUGUGAAAGCAGGUGGAGGAGGCAAUGCCAGAGAAAUCCGGAUUCGUAAAACCAAGAAGAAAGGGCGGAAAGAUGAAGACAGCGAUGAGGAAACUGGACCUUCUCAACAAAGUAUGUCAGCAGUCACAAAGACAUUUUAUGUUCUCAGGGAAAUACGGUCUCCAUCUGCACGUUAAGCCUGCUCACUGAGGCUUUUUACUAAAAUAGAAGCAGCUGAACAACUGCUAAAGUUGGAGCUCUCCGACUUAAUUCACUGGAGAGAUUAGGCUAUAAAACGUGUGUAUCAUGGUGAAAAUGACUGUAAAAACGGUGAGGGCUGAGCAGAAUCAUCCAAAAUUUCAAAGGCUUUACAUGCAAUAUUUGUUUGUUUGUUUUUUAUGCAUGCAGAUGAUACCCAGGCCCACAUCGCUAAGCACAUCCUGAAGACCGUGUGCACUGAUGUCAGUAACAUCCUGGUUAACUUCCUGGCUGCUGACCUGAUGAUGUCCGUGGAGAAUCCCAGCACCAUCACCAACGAGGUCAGACUGAAGAUUUUAGGCAAACUGUCAGAGGAGACCAAAGGGCCUCUUUUGAAGCUGCACAACUCCCUGAACGGCAAAUCCAUUGAAGACUUUGUGACUAACUUGGAUACCUGUGCUGAGGUUUGUGGAUUCAUGCUAAAGAAAGGAGACAAGAAAAAAGAGAGACAAGCCCUGUUCCUGCACCGCCAGGCCCUGACUGAGCAGCUGAAGGACACCGAGGAUCCCGCUCUGGUCCUCCACCUGACCAGCGUGCUGCUGUUUCAGGCCAGCACGCACUGUAUGCUGCACGCCCCGGGCCGCUGUGUGCCUCAGAUCAUCAGCACACUCACGGGGAAAAUAUCUGCGGAGCAGCAGCAGCUGCUGUCUACCUACCAGAGCCUGGUGGUGAAGCAGCUGGUGAGCCAGAGCAAGAAGCAGGAGGAUGACGAGGAGCAGGACGAGGAGGCGAGGAGCGCACGUGCUCAGGUCCAGACCCUUACACCGCAGGUGAAGGACCUGGUGCUGUCUCAGAGGAAGACGUCUGUUAAUGAGGACUGACUGAACAGUUGAAUAAAGAGGAAGGAAUGUCACAGGGUUAAAGACCUGUGCUGCUUCUAGAUCAGCUGGUGGUCCUGUAUUUUUCUAUGAUUUCUCUCUGUGGGCAUCAUUUUAAAUUAUUAAAGGAAAUCACUGUGUAUGAUGAAUUUAACACAAUUGUCCUCAGUGAGGUUCUGAUUAACUUGCGUAUUAAAUGCUCUCCUCCUCCUCAGGUGAGUUGCUUCUUCUGUGACCAGCACAAAUGCAGAACAUUCGGCUUCACACUUUAUUACUGACCUUUUUUAACAUCAGAUAAUACAGUGGUGUAAAUGAACUAAAUGCUUGUACUCAUGUACUGCAAAUUUCUGGUUCUCAUUCUUCAUGCUUCAUAAAUGUAACAUAACUGAGCUUUGAACUGCUUAAAUUACAUGUGGGCAUAACUGGCCAAUGAAGACAGUACCACAUCUCCA